AUGCCUAGUAGAAAAACAAGAUCAGGUGAUUUAUCAACUCAAAAUCUCUACAACUUGAGAUUAGUUGUUAACAAGGCAGAAGAAGAUCAAGAAGUAGAGAGUGAGUUUGUAAUUCUAAAAGAAGAAGAAGAACUUGAAGAUAAGCUAGAAGAAGGAUUUGAAGAAGAGGUUCAAAUAAUGGCUAACGAACAAAGACAAGUAGCAACUGAAAGACAAAUUGCUAUGAAGGAUUAUGCUCGGCUUAUAAUUGGUAACACUGUUUCAUACAUAGUUCUAGUUAACAUUAAUUUGCCUUUGUUGGAUAUUAUUAGAAGUAUGCAUGUUUAUGCCAAGUUCUUCAAAGUGCUUAAAUCCAACAAAAGGAGAUAUGAGAUCAAUGAGAAAGUCAUAGUCUCUCAAACAGUAUGUGUUGUUCUUCAACAACAAUUAGACCCUAAGAUGAAGGUUCCUAAGAGCUUCAUUGUUGAUAUUACAAUGAGGGAUAAGAAAUUUGUUAAAGCCAUGUUGGAUUUGAGAGCAAGCAUCAACUUGAUGUCAUAUUCAAUAUAUGUACAACUUGGCUUAGGAGAAUUGAAACCAACCACCAUGUCUUUACAACUAGCUGAUAGAUCAAUUAAGUAUGCAAGAGACGUAGUGGAGGAUUUUGUUGAUUCAGUAGAUUCUCCCAUUGAAAAUCAAAUAGAAAUUAUUAAUGAACCACCUAAAUUUGAGCUUAAGGAGUUAUCUAACAAACUUAAAUAUGUCUUCUUAGGAGAGGAAAAUACAUACACAGUAAUUGUAGCUUCUGAUCUUUGCCCUUCAAAAGAAAAGGCAACUAGUAAAGAGUUAAGGAGACUUAAGAAAGCCAUUGGAUAG